AUGAGCUCGCGCGCGGCGCCAGAAGCCGGUGCUGCGGGGAUGGACGCGGUGACCUUCAAGGAUGUGGCGCUGAACUUCACCAAGGAGGAGUGGGCCCUGCUGGGCCCGGAGCAGAGGGCCCUCUACCGAGAUGUGAUGCUGGAGAUCAUCCGGAACCUGGCCUCCGUCGGAAAGAAGCCCAGACGGCCAUUUACCUGUUUUAUCCUCUCCAGCCCGUCUUCACUCUCAACCAAGAACUUAACUCUUGGGCGCUGUAUUUCAGGUGAGGUGAUUCGACAGAAAACCGAAGACUCAGCCUCUCGGCAGGACAUUCUUGCUAAAAACACAGUCCGUGAAGCCGACAGAGUGUGUUUCACGAGCAACCAUCCCACUCCAGGAGGAGACUUGGACGGCCUCAGAGCAGAGGAGCCACACAGGCGGAGGGGGCCGAGGGGGAGGUGCGUGGCGGCUGCCCAAGAGAGAGACGGCUGUCUGGUUCCAGCCUGUGAAACGAGGGAGAAGCUCGUGCCUCCGCAGGGAGAUCCCACCAAAAAACACCCCCCCCAAAAUAUUUUGCAUGCAGGUUGUGUCUUAAGGGGUAGCCACAAAACCUCUGAAAACAGAGAGGGCGACAGAGGAUCGCAGCAGCGCAUUCGGUCAGCUCCGAGUGUGAGAACGCCUACAGAGCGGCGAUCGGUCGCACGGGUCAAGAAUCAGAAUCGUGCGCUUCGUGCGCCUGAUAAAACAUUUCGGGGGGUACACGUCUACGAAUUGGGGAAAGUCUUCCCGGAAGACUGUGUCCUUAGGGCACGCGAGACUCAGGUUCAAGAGAAAGUUUACGGGUCCAGUGAGCGUGAGAACAUUCCCCAACGGAACCCCACGCCUGCUGUGCCGGUGCAAUCUUACCCAGCGCAGACGAAGAACAAGAAUAAUCCGAGUGGGAAAAGCUUCGCCCAGGUUCCACAUGCUGAGUCACACAGGAGCACGUGGAACGGAGAGAAAAACUAUAGGUGUCAAGAUUGUGGGAAAUACUACACUUAUCAUUCGUACUUUAUGAAACACAGGAGCGUUCACACUGGAGAGAAGCCCCAUGCAUGUCAGAAGUGUGGGAAAACCUUCCGAUAUUCGCUGCACCUCAAGAAACACUUCUUCAGACACAUUGCGGAGAAGCCCCAUAAAUGUAAGGAGUGUGGGAGAGCCUUCCACAAGUCCUGGACGCUCACCAUGCAUACGAGGAUCCACACUGGAGAGAGGCCCUAUAAGUGUGCGGAGUGUGGGCAAGGCUACGCGAAUAAUUCAUCGCUUAAGAGCCAUCUGAAGAGGCACAGCUAAGAGAGACCCUCCGAAGGAAAGGGA